CUGAAACACAAGAUUUUGUAACUACUGAGCCUAAUCUGCGUAAUUUGAGCAAACUAUCAUAUUAAAAUAUGGAUUACUUGCAAAUCAAAGACGGACAGUAUACUAAAACAAUAUAUACCAUGAUAAAGGAAGCAAGGUACGAGGACGCCAUAAAGGCACUCAAUGAUGCUAUCAAUUUUAACCCUAACAGGGCUGGACUGUCCUUACUCGGUUACUGUUACUACAGGACUCAAGCGUUUGUCGAAGCAGCGAACUGCUACGAGCAACUGUCCGCCAUGCAUCCAGACGUGCCAGAGUACAAGCUCUACUUCGCACAAGCAUUGUAUGAGGCGUCAAUGUUCGAUGAAGCUUAUAAAGUCACCAUGCAAAUUACAGCUCCAGAGUUAGAGCGAACAGUUAUCAAACUACAAUCAGCAAUAAAAUAUGGAGAAGAAGAUACCAGUGCUGCGAAAAGCCUGGUUGACUCGUAUAUUCAAGAUGAUGUGGACAAAGAUAUUAAUCUCGGAUGCCUGUUGUACAAAGAUAGCCAAUACGAAGAUGCACUACAAAAGUUUUCACGCAGUCUAAGUGUACUCGGUUUUAACGCACAUCUUCAUUACAAUGUAGCACUUUGCUACUUUAAACUGAAAGAAUAUCCUCAAGCAUUGAAACAUAUCACCCUUGUUAUUGAAAGAGGUAUUCGUGAUCACCCUGAGUUAGCCGUCGGCAUGCAAGCCGAGACUUCCGAAGUCAAGUCAGUAGGAAACACACUAACACUUCACGAGACAGCACUGACUGAAGUAUUUAAUCUUAAAGCAGCUAUUGAGUACCAAUUGAAAAAUGUUGAAGCCGCGAGAGAGGCUCUCAACGACAUGCCGCCCAGACAAGAGCAUGAACUAGAUGCCGUGACUCUACACAAUGUUGCUCUAACUUCUAUUGAUAUAAAACCCACUGAUGGUUUCGAGAAACUGCAUUUUCUUUUGCAACAAGACCCAUUCCCUCCAGAAACUUUCGCAAAUUUAUUACUCCUUUAUUGUAAGUUUGAGUAUUAUGAUCUGGCUGCUGACGUCUUAGCUGAAAACGCGCAGUUUACAUACAAAUAUUUAACCCCUUACUUAUAUGAUUUUUUGGAUGCAAUCAUAACAAGCCAAACAUCACCCGAGGAAGCUUUUCAGAAAUACGAAGACAUUGCAUCCAAACACGCUGAACAACUGAGGAAGCUAACUAAAGUUGUUCAAGAAAGCAGGUCACAAGGAGACAAUGAUCAGGUCAAGAAAGCUGUUGUGGAGUAUGAAGAAGCCUUGGAAAGAUACAUACCAGUUGUGAUGGCUCAAGCAAAAAUUUACUGGGACAUGGAAAACUACGGGCAAGUCGAGAAAAUAUUUCGGAAAUCUGUUGAAUUUUGCAACGAGUCAGACGUGUGGCGCCUGAAUGUAGCCCACGUUCUGUUCAUGCAGGAGAACAAGUACAAAGAAGCCGCUAGCUUCUACGAGCCUAUCGUCAAGAAACAAUACGACAACAUUCUGGAUAUAAGUGCAGUGGUUUUAGCAAAUUUGUGCGUCUCUUAUAUCAUGACAUCCCAGAACGAGGAGGCUGAGGAUAUAAUGCGAAAGAUAGAAAAGGAGGAAGAACAGCAAAUUUUCGAAGAUCCACAUAAGAAGUUCUAUCAUUUAUGCAUCGUUAACCUAGUCAUCGGAACGUUAUAUUGCGCUAAAGGGAACUAUGAGUUUGGGAUCUCCAGAGUUAUCAAAUCGCUGGAGCCGUUUAACAAACGUCUCGGCACGGACACUUGGUUCUAUGCAAAGCGUUGCUUCUUGUCUUUUCUAGAAAAUCUUUCUAAGCACUUGAUUGUGGUUAAGGACAAUACCAUCAAAGAUUGUCUGCAGUUUCUUGAAGGUUGUGAGACUUACGGUCGGCGAGUCAGUACUGUUAUUGAGAAUCCUUUUCAGGAAGAAGAUGCGAAUACAAAAGCUAAACAGACGGUGACCUAUGAAGCCCGAUUACUGCGAUACAUGUUCAAUAAGUUAAGAAAUAUCGAUGACUCUGUAACUAUUAAUAAGUAUGAAGAUUUAAAGUAAAGUAGAUUGUAUUUACCUGGA